AUGAACCGCACUGAAGCUCUGCAGGCACUGGGACCCACACCCCUUUUCCGUGACAGCAGGGAGCAAGAUCUGCAAAUUACCAAGUGGAGGCUUGAGCAGUGUGAACAACAGCUGACUGUCACACUUACUCCAGAUGAUGCAGAACAACAGCAAAUGCUCUUCUGGGGCCGCCUCGCAGAAGUCACCCAAGCUUGUUUCUUACAUUUUCAAGAAAGCGGUUAUGAUGCAGACAUUAUUGCCGAACUUCCUGAUGAUUGGCUUGAUCAAAGUGCCACGCAGGAUCCCCAAUUUGGUGCAUGGCUGGAAACAGUUUACAUCAGCUGGGGCGAGCAUGUCUUGCCUGACAUUAUCGCAGAGUUUGUUGAUGGAGAAGCAGAGAUGCUGGUGGAACAGGCUUUCACCGACAUGAUUUAUGAUUUCCCACGAAUGCAGAUUUUGACCGAGGUUACUUUCCUGCAUCAGAAAAUGCGCAGACUGGAAACUGAACAGCAAACGUGGUUUCCACAUCGGCCUGUCAGAAGGGGUUCUGCGAACGAAAAGGAACGCAUCAUGUCAGCUUUGCAAAUUCCAUCACUGUUCCAAGAUCAAGCUGACUGGCUACAAAAGAUCAGGAAGAUCAAAUUUGAUGUUAUCCCGGAGGACCAUGCAAUUCCAGCCACGGUUGACAACAUUUCCACCAAGCCGGUGUUUCUUGUGGUCCAUUUGUUCAGCGGACGCAGACUCUUUAUCGAGCUGGCAGAGUUGCUGCGACCAUUUGUGGCGCACCCUGUGAAACCUUUUCAGCUGCGAGACGCCGCCGACCAGCAGAACAUCAAAGCUCUACUGACAUUAAGUGGCCCCGCCCUCUCAGGAGUGCGGAACAUUUUUUGGGUCUUGAAGGUCUUACCUUCAAAGAGCUUAAACAACUGGCGCAAGGGUCGGAAUUCUUUUUCCAGGGGAUCCUUGCGGCAGCCUGGACUCUGCAGUUUGGUGGACUUUACCUAA